ACGCGCGCCACGCACGCCCUCUUGCCUGCGCACGCGCACCACACCCGUUCGCGCGCCCGUCUCUGCAAAAGGUGUAUUUUUUCGUGGCUGAGUUGCUUCCACCAUGGCGGAGAUGGCAGAGCUUUGCGAGCUGUACGAAGAAAGCAACGAGCUGCAGAUGGACGUGCUGCCCGGCGAGGGCGAUAUGGAGGUAGGCCGCGGAGCCCGCGGGCCGGCCCCGGAGGAGGGCCCCAUGGAGGAGGAGGCCGGGCCGUCCGCCGCCCGCGCCCAGCGCGGCCUCUUCCCCGAGGCUGGCGCGGACCUAGAAGGCGACGAGUUUGAUGAUUGGGAGGACGACUAUGACUUCCCUGAAGAGGAGCGCUGGAGUGGCGCGAUGCACAGGGUGUCCGCUGCGCUGGAGGAAGCCAACAAGGUGUUCCUGCGAACGGCGCAAGCCGGUGAUGCCCUGGAUGGCGGGUUUCAGGCGCGCUGCGAGAAGAGCCCUUUCGACCAGCUAGCUUUUAUCGAAGAGCUGUUUUCGCUGAUGGUUGUCAAUCGACUGACCGAAGAGCUCGGUUGUGAUGAGAUCAUUGAUCGAGAGUAAAUGCUGAUGAAAGAGGAGGAAACUACCUGAGAGGGAGAGAUUCAACAUUCUGCUAUUUUGGGGUUCAUUCCAAAUAGUUCUGUGCAAAAAAUAAAAACAGUUGGUUUUUGUUUCUCGGAAUAGAAGACAGGACAGUGAAUGAAUAACCGUGCAUUGUGGAAAAGGAGAAUCAAGAAAGGAGGAGUGUUAAACCUGAGAAUCGCAAGGAGAAAAGACCAAAAGUGUUCCUUGUUUGGUCUCACAGGGCCUCAGCAAAAACCUCUGGUUCAGACUGUUGAUCGAGAUGAUUUCCCUUACAUUGGAGAAGAACUUUCUCGUGUUAAGCUUUUGAAGAUGAUUUGAAAGAGUAAAUUAUGACUGCCAAUACAAGAAUCUAAUUAAAGAAUGAGGAAAAAAAAUACAUCCACAAGAUAUCUUUGAUUUGAACUAAAAGGCUAUUGAAAAAAACUUUGUAAAUUCUUCUUUAUGGUUUAUACACAUCUAGUUAUCAAAAGCAAAAUUUGAGGUUUAAGAUUGAGCAUUCAUCAACCCCAGAGGGUAGUCAAAGUAAAUGUGUGUGUAAAUGUAGACGUGUUACCAGGUGUACUAUCCUCUUAAAACGUGUUACAAAAGCUGGGAUUGUGACUGCACAUGCAUCUUCAUGAUUUAUAAAGCUACUGUGGUCCCUGAUCUAUUGUGAUGACUUAUAAAGUAAAGAAAAAAAAGGAUGUCUUUUUAAGGUUUUAAGUUCGUGCAUUAAAUAAAAUGUAUGGGAAAGCCCAAAGACAAAGUUUCUAAUACCCUUUUAUACUAGGGAAAUUUCGCUUGCUGUUUUUUUGGGUUUUUUUUUGUUUUUGUUUUUUUUUUUUUUUACCUUGACAGAUGGUAAGAGUAUAACUGACGUUCAUAUUGUAAGAAGUGUUUGCAAAAGUUGUCAAGUAAAAGGAAACCCUACCUGUAUCUAGAAAAGAUUUUUGAGCUCUUAUGCUGUCAAACUUGGAAGAUUUUAAACCUACCCAGAAGUCCACCUGGGUGCUUGAUACUCAUGUUCUCUCCCUCUCUCCCUCUCUGCCUCUUUCUUCCCUUCCCCCUCCCUCCUGAUUUGCUUGUUACUCUUGAUGCACCAGCAUUGGCGAUAAUAAAUUUUCUCGUUCUGAG